AUCAUAAAGUUAAACAAAGACCGGACUAAAGAAAGACCAAGGAGUUGACUAGCUCCAUUGCCAAAUAAAAAUUACAUCUGCAGCAAAACUGCAAGAAACAGACACAAGAAAAGAUCAGGAAUUUAUGUACGUGUACUGAUCCAACCCAGAAAUUGAGUUAAUCCCACCUCCACAGCACACACACGUACACACAGGAAAGGGGAAAAAAGGAAGAAAUGGUUAAUCCAAUUCCUGACAGUGUGAAGAAGAUAUGGGAGCAUUGGAAUAUAAGAGGAGCUCUUAUGUUCAGUUUGCUAUUGCAGACACUUCUUGUUCUAUUUGCUCCUUCCAGGAAACGCACUUCAAGAAAGCUUAUAAUCUUGUUGAUAUGGUCAGGUUACUUGCUCGCCGAUGCGACUGCUACCUUUGCUGUUGGCCUCAUUUCCAACAGCCAAAGCAACUUUGGUUCUGAUCGUAAAGCUCAGAAGACAAAAAACAGUGACCGCGAAAACAGUGAUCUCUUGGCAUUUUGGGCUCCUUUUCUUUUGGUGCAUCUUGGUGGUCCAGACACAAUUACUGCUUUUGCUCUUGAGGAUAAUGAGCUCUGGCUUAGACAUUUGCUUGCUCUUGUUUUCCAGGCUGUAGCUACUGGUUAUGUCUUUAUUCAAACUCUUCCUGAGAAUAAGGUAAUGAUUCCAACAUUUCUUCUGUUUCUUGCUGGAAUUAUUAAGUAUUCGGAGCGAACUCGUUCCUUGUAUCUUGCAAGUAUGGACAGAUUCCGAGAUUCUAUGCUUAAAGAACCUGACCCUGGACCUAACUAUGCGAAGCUUAUGGAGGAAUAUGCUUCAAAAAAACAGGCAAAGCUGCCUACACAAAUAAUUAUGAUCCCGGAGCCUGAAAAAGUAAACACUACUGGUAUUGCUCGUGAAAAAAUCAUAUUAAAGAAUCAGCUAGAAGUGGUGCAGAAAGCUUAUGAAUUCUUUCAAGUCUUCAGGGGACUAAUUGUUGAUCUCAUAUUCUCUUUUAAAGAGCGAAAUGACAGCAGAGAAUUCUUCUAUAACAUAUCUGCAGAAGAUGCUCUAAGAGUCAUAGAAGCAGAGCUCAAUUUCAUGUAUGAGGUUCUGUUUACAAAGGUAGUUGUUGUGCAGUCCAAAUGGGGAUAUUUUUUCCGCCUUAUAUCUUUUGGUUCAGUUGUUGCAGCUCUUUGUGUUUUUCAUUUUUAUGUGAAGAAGGAAAGUUUUGAUGGAUUUGAUGUUGGAGUCACUUAUGCCUUGCUGUUUGGUGCCAUAGGAUUGGACAUAGUAGCUUUCCUUAUGGCCAUUUUCUCUGAUUGGAGAGCCGCUCUUCAUAAAUCAUCAGAUAAUAUAUCCGAGUCCUGUUGGAGUUAUAUCGCUGAAUUUGUCAGCAAUCAGGCAAUGAUGAUUUUCAGCAAAUUCCUCACUAUCAAGAAGUCCAAGUGGCGUAAAUAUGAGAUAGAACCUGAUGUCAAUUUUAUGUUUCUUGAUACCCCCAUUUUCUUCCGCAGGUGGUCUGGCUGCAUCUCAGGCCAUAACUUGGUAAGAUAUUGCCUCAAAGGGCGUCCAAGCAAGAUUUGCAGCAUCAAGAAGCGAACCUGUUGUGCUGUUAUUACCAAGAAAAUUCAUCAAUCCAUAAGCAAUGGCACUGAAAAGGUCAUUCAAUUCACACACAUGGAAACACCCAUCAAGCAGUUAGGCAUUCUCAAGGACACAGUUAUCGAGUUCAUAGGCCUCAAGGACUUUGUAGAUGAGAUAACAUAUGUUUCAAAAGAACCAUUCACUAAGGAGCUUUGGGAAUUCAUCUUCGAUGAGCUGCGAGGGAAAUCCUCAUUUGCAGAUGAUCCAGAAACUGCUAAGAGAAUAUAUGCAGCUAGAGGAGAUUGGGUGCUCCAGAAUAAUGAUUCGGAUAAAUAUCAGGAAUUAAUGCCUUAUGUUUCAGAUGUCGGUUAUGAUCAAAGUAUUUUGUUGUGGCACGUCGCUACGGAGCUCUUGUACAACACUGAUGCAGAUGAUUCAAAGAGUUACAGCUACAGAGAAUUCAGCAAGACUAUCGCAGAUUACAUGCUGUAUCUUCUGAUUAUGCAACCUGGUAUAAUGCAGGCUGUGGCGGGUAUCGGUAAAAUAAGAUUUAGAGAUACCUGUGCUGAGACUGUUAGAUUCUUUGUAAGAAAAGGUUUAAGAUCCCAUGAAGAAAAGAGAGCAUGUCAAUGCAUUCUUGAAGUGGAUACAGAAGUUAAGCCUAUUGCAGUGAAGGGAGAUAGAAGCAAGUCUGUACUAUUUGAUGGAAGUAUGCUGGCUCAGGAGCUGCAAAAGUUGAAAGAGAAGAAAUGGGAGACGAUGAGCAAGGUAUGGGUGGAAUUGCUGUCAUAUGCUGCAAGUCACUGCAGAGCAAAUGCACAUGCUCAGCAAGUUAGUAAAGGUGGAGAGCUUAUUACUUUGGUUUGGUUAUUGAUGGCUCAUCUUGGACUAGGACAGCAGUUCCAAAUUAACGAGGGUCAUGCCAGAGCAAAAUUGAUUGUAGGCAAGUAGCCCUAUAUUGGUAUAAGGUAUCUACUUUUCUUAUCUUGAUUUUCUAUUCCUGGAGAGAGAUCAGCAUUUUGUAUCAAAUCCUGAGUUAACGGAAUUGCCUGAUUAAUCUGAUGAAUCUUGUUCUUUGA